AUGGAGGAACCUAAGACAGUGGAACCAAAGGGCUUCACGACGGCCAUCGACUCAAACAGCGGGCAAGAUGUGGAAUCGAGACGGGACUCUGGGCUCAGCGACAGACGGGGUUGGGACGAAUCAAUGCUGCAAGAGGACCGCCAAUUCUACCUCGAGCAUCUCAACAACCCCAACUUUGACUUGAGGGCCAAUAGGCCAUCCUCAAUUCGAAGUUUUGGAUUGGAUCCGAAGAGGAAGGUCCACACGGGCUAUGAGUCGGACUUCGAUACAGAGUCGCAGUUCGACCGCUAUUCCUCAACGCAGGCAGAGUCAGCAAUUGACUUUGAUGAUGAAUCUCCUUACCCUGAGGUUCGAGCUGCGGUCUCUAGUGUUGACGAUCCGUUGAUGCCAUAUAACACUUUCCGAGUUUGGACGUUGGGUCUUUUCCUUAUGAUCGUUGGGAUUUUCUUCAACCAAAUCUUUGCUAUGCGAUACCCGUCUGUUUACCUAACUGGUAUCGUGGUUCAGCUCGUUGCGCUCCCUUUGGGCAAGGGCAUGGAACGUAUCCUGCCAAAGACAGUCUUCAACUUCUUCGGCUACAAAUGGUCGAUGAACCCCGGCCCCUUCUCAGUCAAGGAGCACGUCUGUAUCACCGUCAUGGGUAACAUUGCUACGGGGGGAGUCUAUAUUACCGAAGUCGCCCUCUGUCAGCGUAUGUUCUACGGUCAGCAGGUCUCCUACGCCUUCCAAAUUCUCAUCGCCAUCGGUUCACAAAUCUGGGGCUAUUCCCUCGGUGGUAUCAUGCGACAAUUUGUGGUUUGGCCCUCCAGCAUGAUUUGGCCAGGCGCGCUAGUCAACUCGGCUCUCUUCAACACCCUGCACAAGAAUUACGGCCAACGCGACAAGUCACAUAUGAGUCGAGAGAGGUUUUUCGUCCUGGCGAUGGUCGGGAGUGCAGUGUGGUUCUUUGUCCCAGGUUAUCUUUUUACCGCACUCACCAUGUUCAAUUGGGUGUGCUGGAUCGCUCCGGACAAUGUCACCGUCAACGCAUUGUUCGGCGUCAACACUGGCCUGGGUAUGAGUAUGUUGACUUUCGAUUGGUCGAUGAUUGCUUUCAUUGGUAGCCCUCUCGUCACACCGUGGUGGUCCGAGAUGAACACCGCUGCAGGCUUCAUCAUCAUGUACUGGAUCAUUUGCCCGAUUCUCUAUUUCACCAACACCUGGGAUUCGGCCUACUUGCCCAUUUCCUCGUACUAUUCAUUUGACAACACCGGCAAUGUCUAUCAAGUCAAGGAAGUCCUGACGGAUGGCGUCUUCGACCAAGCUAAAUAUUCAGCUUAUUCGCCGGUUUUCAUGUCUACCGCCCUGGCCCUAUUGUACGGUAUUGCGUUUGCGGCAUUCCCAUCAGUGUUCGUUCAUACUUUCCUCUGGUUCCGCAAGGAUAUUGUUCGCCGGUUCCGAACCACAUUGAAGGAUGAGCGAGAUAUUCAUUCCCGCCUCAUGCAAUACUACCCAGAAACGCCCGCUUGGUGGUACCUCACCAUCGGUCUCAUUUCAUUCGUCUUCCUGGUUAUUGCCAUCGAGAUCAAUCCCAACAGCCAACUGCCGAUUUGGGGCCUUUUCCUCGCUCUCGCCCUCGCUGUUUGUCUCGCCAUCCCGCUGUGCAUGCUCCAGGCUAUCACGAAUCAAACGGUUCCAACGCAAGUCAUGGCCGAGCUCAUCAUUGGCUACAUCCUCCCUGGCCGUCCCAUCGCGAACAUGUUAUUCAAGAGCUUGAUGUUCGUUGGUUCCAACCAGGCCAUCAUCUUCGCGGGAGACCUCAAACUCGGCCACUACAUGAAGAUCCCACCCCGCAUGAUGUUCUCCAUCCAAGUAUUCUCAGCCACUGUCUCGUGCUUCUUCGUCACCGGCAUGCAGAAUUGGAUGCUUUCCAACAUCCCGGAUGUGUGCACCCCGACGCAGAAGGAUGGUUUCCGGUGCCCUGGCUCCACCACUUUCUUCACCGCCUCUGUCAUUUGGGGAGGCGUGUCACCCGUCCGAUUGUUCAGCCCCGGUCAAUGGUAUUCCGGCCUCCUCUGGUUCUUCCUCGUCGGAGCAAUCCUCCCGAUUCCUUUCUACUUCCUUGCUCGCCGCUUCCCCCUCUCCAUCUGGAGAUACAUCAACAUCCCCAUCUUCUUCGCGUCGCUCGGUGCCAUGCCUCCCGCCUCUGGUAUCAACUACAUCUCCUGGGCCUUGACCGGCUUCAUCUUCAACUACGUCAUCCGACGGUUCCACUUCAGAUGGUGGAUGCGAUACAACUAUAUUCUUUCCGCUGCUCUCGAUGCUGGACUGGGUAUCGGAAUGAUCAUUGUCUUCUUCACCCUGCAAAUGCCUAAAGGCGGCGUUCAGCUGAAUUGGUGGGGUAACGAGGUCUGGCUGAAUACCGCCGAUGCAAACGGCGUACCGCUAAGAACGCUCGCAGAAGGGGAAAUCAUUGGACCAAGUUCAUGGUAA